AUGGAAAACCAGACAAUAGUGUAUAUGUUGGUUCUCGCUGGUCUGUCUGAUCUUCCGAGUCUUCAGUUUCCUCUGUUCCUGGUGUUUCUCCUCAUCUAUCUUAUAACUCUGACUGGGAACCUUCUCAUCCUUCUCCUGAUCUUCACUGAUUCCCAUCUUCACACCCCCAUGUACUUCUUCCUUGGAACCCUGGCAUGUCUGGAUAUGAGUUACUCCUCAGUCACUGUCCCAAGAAUGCUCUUUGAUUUACUCAGAGAAAGAAAAAUCAUUUCUGUACCAGCUUGUAUAACUCAGAUCUGCUUCUUCAUCUUCUUCGCAUUAUCAGAGGCCUUUGUACUGGCAGUGAUGUCCUAUGACAGAUACAUUGCUAUCUGCCGCCCUCUUCACUACAUGCUUUUAAUGAGCUGGAAAGUUUGUGUUAAGCUUGUAUCAGGGGUACUUGUUUUUGGUGCAGUACAUUCCUUGGUACACACUGUUUUUUUAACCAAACUGACCUUUUGCAGGCCUGAUGUUUUGCAAAGUUUCUUUUGUGACCUGCCCCAGUUGCUUCAGAUCUCCUGUAGUGACACAUUCAUCAAUGUAUUGCUUAUAUUUUGUUUCGGGACAUUGUUUGGUGUUAUUAUUUUAGCGAUCACAUUUUACCCAUACAUCACUAUAAUCAGAACUGUUUUGAAAAUCCCAUCACAAAACAUGAGAUCCAAAGCUUUCUCCACCUGCUCCUCUCAUCUAACUGUGGUCUUUAUAUUUUAUGGUUCUUUUUUCUUUAAUUACCUGCGCCCAAAUGCAAAGUAUCGUUUCACAGAGGACAAAAUGGCUUCUGUAUUUUACGCUACAUUAACCCCCUUUUUAAAUCCUCUGAUCUACAGUCUGAGGAACCAGGAGCUCAAAAUCUCACUAAAAAGGUCUUUGCGUAGAUGCUGUAGAGCGUGUAUUGAAGCAUCUAGAACUUAA